AUGACUUUUUCCGAUGACGACCCUGUCGUCGCCUCCUACGACGUCCUCCUCACUGACUCGGAUGCCUCUCGCUAUGUCUUCCAAUACGUUGACCGAGAGCACGACCGUCCUUACAAUGACCAAGCAAACCAACGGCCAAUUCAACUUCGAAUCAAACCGCGCACCGGUCUUAUCGAAGUUGAAGUCCCCAUCAGCACCCGGGAAAACUACGACGUUAACAAAGGAAUGCGCUAUGGUGAUGCGGUAAAUAAGAGCCGUUCCGCGCGCGACGGAGGCGCUUAUGGUAUGGCAGGCGGCUUCACUGCUGGCAGUGGAACUGCAGCUGCAGGGGCAAGAGUCAAGAUGGAAGGGAAUGGGGACGUGGAGAUACUGGAUAAUAAGAGGGCUGUCGACUCUGCAUCAUUGCUGCGAGUGCAGUCACUUGGAGGUCGGAUAAAGCCUUCCGAAGAAGGCGAUCCAGUUUACAUGCUGGCCACCUUCACAGAUAAAAACUUGCACCUCUCCCCUGUCACAUCGGUUGUCCAGUUCCACCCUCAGCUUCACCACCUAGAUGCUUUGGAUGAGAUGCCAAAAGGGAAAGGUCGUAAAAAGGAUGACGAUGACCGUCCUGCUGAGAGCGAAGCACGGGCAAUUGAUAUUAAAGUCAAGGCCGCUGAAGAUAGCGAAGCAGCUGCAAACGCCGGCAAUCUAGACCUUCUUAAGCAAAUGCAAGAUGAGAAAUGGAAAACAUAUGGCUGGGUUGAUGCUGAGGCCGAGGAUUCUUGGUACACAUAUGAGAGCUAUAUGAUUCACAAGGAUACUGAAAACCUCCCGUCCCUAGAGUCAAACAUUGAGUCGGAAGAAUAUCUCGAUAAAAUGAGCGCUCCUAGGAUUGAUCCCGCCCGCCCCGACUUGACUGGUUGGGCCAUGAAGGAAAAUCGUCGGAGGCAAAAAAACAACCGAGCAGCCGCCGACCACUCAAGCAUCGACGGGCACUCGCCGGAUACUUACGACCCCUUCAUGCACAUGCCGUUCGAGAGCUUCGAUACAUCAUCCCUAAUCAUUCUCGACUCAACGCCACAAUCGCAAUCGAAAGUUUUCCGCAGGAGGCAUGGCAUUGGCGGUGAUGAAAUGGAGAUGAAGGCAAAUCUAGAGCUCUCAUUGAAGAUUGGGGAGUUCGAGCGAGCCUCUAGUUUGAUUGGUCGCCUUGGCCAUUAUCACCCGCCUGGAUCGGAUGAGUAUCUCCUUAUUCAUAACCGUUUCAUGAAACAGAUGGUGGCAUAUAUGAUUAUCAACCGACAGCACGAUAUGGUUCUGCCCUUGCAGAAGUGGUUUGAAGUUGAUAUGCCUGCCGGUGGCGUGACACCGGAUGCAAUCAGUUUCGCGAUUAUGAUCCGAAUGGCGCUGCGUAUGCUUCAUGGAUCGAAGCGCGAUAGAACUGUCCGUCGAUACUGGGAACUUGCCCAAAAUGCAGGAUUGGAGGAAGAGCUUGUUGGCGUUGAGGUCCUUGAGGACUCUGACGUUGGUGAGCUAUCUAAAAUUUGCUCCUCCGACAUGUUAGACUUGGUUUCAAAAUAUAUGGAACUCUCCGAAACUACUGAACUGCCUUCCGCCAUUGUCGAUGAUACACCCCAGGUCCAAGCCGCUGAGCAAAGAGGAUUGGGACUGGUUUCUCUGAAACAGUCGCUGUCCCUCUUUUCCGGUAAUGGUGAUGUACGCUUGCCCGAAAAUUUUGCAGGCACCGAAGAAGAAGGAAAGCAAUUGUUAUCGGAGUUGAGGCAAACGCGACUCGAAACCGAUAGUCUUGAUUCGGCCCUCUGGCGUUGGCGGUCAGAUAAUGCGGAGAGACAAAAAUCCGGUUUUAACGCCGCUUCGAAUGAGAAAAAGCUCAGCGGAAUCAUGAGCCAAUGGCACGCGGACCUUGUUGCAAGAAUCAAGAAGGAGCUUGUCCUCGUUGACGAGGCACUUGCGACACGUAUCAUUAGCGUUGAACAAAAAGAGCGCUGUGAAUAUGGUGUGUUUUUGCGAGCCCUCGAUCCCGACCGGUUAGCUGCACUCACUCUCUUGUCUGUGAUGUCUGUUUUCAGCCGGCAGGGAAUGGACAAGGGAAUCAAGCUUUCCGCCCUUGCUUCAAUAACCGGAAAAGAGUUGCAAGAUGAACUUAUUGCCGACAACUAUCUGAAAAAGAACAAGGCUAUGGAUCCGAAUCGUCUCAAGGCACUGAAGCAGGUACUCGCAAACCGCAAAGACAAGCAAGGCCGACUUCGAUGGCAAUCGCUCGUUGAGAAGAUCACUGCAGAAGAUGAAUCUGUAAUCUGGGGCAGUCGGACACAGGUCAAAAUCGGUGCUGUUUUGAUGGGCAUGCUAGUCGAAGUGGGGAAAGUCGCGGUUUGGGCAGAGGAUCCUGUCACCAAGAAGAGAACCCUCACUAUGCAACAAGCCUUCGACCAUUCUUAUCAGAUUCACUUCGGGAGAAGAUCUGGUCAUAUCCACAUGAACUCCAAGCUUGUUGAUAUUGUUGCCAGGGAGCCACCCCCUGAGCUGUUGGCCCGUCACCUUCCUAUGGUCUGCAAACCUAAACCGUGGACGGGCCCACGAACUGGCGGGUACAAGAUAUACGACUCCAACCUAGUGCGCACUACUCCUGGUGAAACACUACAACCGGCCUACCUCAAGGCUGUCUUGAAAGAUGAUGGAUUGAAAGAGAUCCGGACAGGCCUUGAUGUUCUCGGUUCCACUGGGUGGAAGGUCAAUGAACAAGUUUUCGACGUGAUGCUUGAAGCUUGGAAUGGUGGGGAGCCUAUUGGAAAGCUUGCCCCCUUGAACCCAGACCUAACGGCACCAGAACAACCGAGUCCAAACGCCGACUACAAAACCCAAAAAGAGUGGCACCAAAAGGUUCGUGAAGUCGAAAAUCUUCGCUCUGGAUAUCAUUCCGUUCGAUGCUUCCAGAACUUCCAGCUUGAGGUUGCGAGAGCCUUCCGGAAAGAAGUCUUCUAUCUUCCCCACAACAUGGAUUUCCGUGGGAGGGCUUACCCACUCCCUCCUUACAUGAAUCAAAUGGGGGCUGAUAAUUCAAGAGGAUUGCUUCUUUUCGACAAGGGAAAGGCACUUGGGGUAUCUGGUAUGCGCUGGCUGAAAAUUCAGAUUGCAAACUUGUUUGGAUUUGAUAAGGCUAGCAUGUCUGAACGGGAGCAAUUCACAAUGGACAAUUUGGAUGAUGUUCUUGACUCUGCCAACGCGGGACUCCACGGACGACGGUGGUGGCUCCAGGCUGAGGACCCAUGGCAGCUUUUGGCAGCAUGCUGCGAACUCCGGAAUGCCUUGCAGCUCCCUGAUCCCACAGAAUAUAUCUCCCAUCUUCCAAUUCACCAAGAUGGCUCUUGCAAUGGACUUCAACACUAUGCCGCUCUGGGUGGUGACAGUGUCGGCGCCCAGCAGGUCAAUCUUGAACCAUCCGAUCGCCCUUCAGACGUCUAUACCGGUGUGUGCGAAUUUGUGAAAGAAGCCAUCGCACAGGACGCAGCCAAUGGUGACAAUUUGGCCCAGCGUCUCGAAGGCAGAGUCACCAGAAAGAUUGUGAAGCAGACGGUCAUGACUAAUGUCUACGGAGUGACCUUUUUGGGCGCGACAAGACAGGUCAAAAGGCAGCUUAUCGACUACCUCCCUGACCUCGAUAAUACAGAGAGGAACGCCGCGGCUUUCUACAUCGCAACAAAGAUCUUCGGUGCUCUCGGAUCCAUGUUCAACGGAGCCCAUGAGAUCCAGUAUUGGCUUGGCGAUUGUGCCCAACGCAUUACACAGUCUGUGACACCGGAGCAAAUUGAGGAGCUCACGCAAGCAGCAUUAGUACCCAAGGAUGAACGCCGGCAGGAUUUCCCGACGUCCACUGAUCCAGAGAAAUCCUUCAGGUCGACUGUGAUUUGGACGACCCCAUUGGGUCUCCCAGUGGUCCAGCCAUAUCGAACUCGCAAGACGCGGCGUGUUGAGACUAGUUUACAAGACAUCAGUCUUGUUGAACCCGGCUCCGACGAUGUCGUUACAAAGCGCAAGCAGCUUCAGGCCUUCCCGCCUAACUUCAUCCACUCUCUUGAUGCCACACACAUGAUCAUGUCCGCCAAUGCAUGCCAUGAAGCGGGCUUGACCUUUUCCGCUGUCCACGAUUCUUUCUGGACUCAUGCUGCCGAUGUCGACCAGAUGAACCUCAUCCUUCGAGAUGCCUUCGUUCGCAUGCAUUCUGAUGAUGUUGUCGGGCGCCUCGGUGCAGAAUUCAAAGUGCGAUAUAGCAAGAAUUUAUUCCUAGCCAGAUUGCCCCGCACCACCCGCCUUGGCCGGGCGAUCUUCGCGCACCGCAAAACCACUAGGAUCACCAAACUCCAAGAGUUGAUCAACGAAAACCGACGGCAAACUCUACUCAACUCGGACGAUCCGGAGGAUCAGGCCGAGGGCCGUGCUAUGGUGACCCCUUGCAGUAUCUUCGAAAAGUUAGGCGGUACAGACACCGACCUGACUACCUUCAAAACAAUGGGUACGAACCCAAUCGGUCACAUUCCAGAUGUUGUGCCGGAUCUGGAACGGGUGGGAGGUACAAUCGAUACCACCGAUCCGGCCAUUGAGUCCCUGGUCGGCGACCUCGAGAUGUUUGAGGCGAGGCAGAGUCCCCGCGAGAUAACCACCGAAGUACCAGAUGAUGUUCAUGGUGAAUCUUCCGAUCAGACACAAAUUGAGUCCCAAGAGUCCCAAGGCUCGGAGCCAAAGGAAAAGCAGAAGCGCGCCUUGACCACAUGGUUAUGGAUGCCUCUGAACUUCCGCCCAGUCCCUAAAAAGGGUGACUGGGACCUGACCCGAAUUCGUGAGAGUGAAUACUUCUUCUCAUGA